AAAGCCCCAUUUCAGUUGCCGAUGACCGACAGAGGCCAGCCGACGAGGUCGAGCUCGAGCACCUACCUACCAAAGCAACCGGAAUGGCAACGCGCACAGGAACAGUGAGCUCGCUGCUGCUUCUGCUCCUGUCCGGCUCGAUGUCCGUCUGGACCAUCUCGACUCUAGCGGUGGCGGCCGCAGAGGCCGACGACGAGGCCGCGCUGCUCGCCUUCAAGGCCGCGGCGAUCGGCAGCAGCGGCCACGGCGACCUGCUUCCUUCGUGGAACGGCAGCAGCAGCACCAGCGCCGGCGGGUUCUGCGGCUGGGAGGGGGUGACGUGCGGGGCCAGGCAUCGGCGGCGAGUGGUGGCGCUGCGCCUUCCCUUCCACCGGCUCGCCGGCGUCCUCUCCCCUGCCAUCGGCAACCUGUCGUUCCUCAGGGUCCUCGACCUGAGCUCCAACAGCUUCGCCGGAGAAAUCCCCUCGGCCAUCGGGCGCCUGCGCCGCCUGCGGUCCCUCAACCUGAGCAGCAACGCCUUCGCCGGCGAGCUGCCGGCCAACCUGACCUCAUGCGCCGCACUAGAGGUGAUGACCCUCCAGACCAACCAGCUCCGCGGGCACAUUCCCCCGGAGCUCGGCAACAAGCUGCCGCGCCUCGAGGUGAUCGUGCUGUGGCAGAACAACCUCACCGGCGCCAUCCCGGCGUCCUUGGCCAACUUGUCUUCGCUGAGGAUCUUCGCCGUCGGAUUCAACCAGCUCCAGGGCACCAUCCCUCCGUUCUUUGAAGGUACCCUGGGCCUCCAACACCUCGACCUUGCAUACAAUCGACUCUCCGGUGAGCUCCCGCAAUCCCUGUACAACAUGUCUUCGCUGAAAUCGCUGCAGGUUCAGGGGAACAUGUUCCGUGGACGCAUCCCGGCCGACAUCGGCACCAAGUUCCCCAACUUGCCGAUCCUUAGUUUUGGUGUCAACCAGUUCACCGGAUCCAUCCCUGCUUCACUCUCCAACCUCACCAAUCUCCAAGUGCUCGACCUUUCAAGAAACAGGCUUAGUGGAUAUGUGCCUCGCACACUUGGGAGGCUGCAAGCUCUGCGUACCUUGAGACUGCACAACAACAGGCUAGAAGCAAACAACAGGGAAGGGUGGGAAUUCAUCACUUCAUUAUCAAACUGCAGUAACCUCCAGGUAUUGGAAAUUAAUGGGAACACUGAUUUCACCGGGCAGCUCCCAAGUUCAAUAGCGAAUCUGUCGACAACCUUGCAAAUCCUCCUUCUGGGUAAAACUGGGAUCUCAGGAAGCAUCCCCUCUGCCAUAAGCAAUCUGAUCGGCCUUCAAGUCCUCGCUGUGACAGAUACUUUUAUGUCAGGAGUUAUUCCAGAGAGCAUAGGAAAGCUGGAAAACUUGGGUUCACUCGGCCUAUACAACACUAACGUGUCAGGCCUCAUACCCACAUCCAUUGGAAAUCUCUCAAAUUUGAUUGAAUUGUAUGCAAAUAAUGCCAACCUAGAGGGAGCGAUUCCAACAAGCUUAGGGAAGCUCAAGAAUUUGAUAACCCUUAAUCUGUCCCUAAACCGCUUCAACGGUUCAAUUCCGACUGAAAUUUUCAAACAACCCCAGCUCUCUAGAUACUUAGACUUGUCAUACAAUUCGCUGUCGGGACCCCUUCCUUCUGAAGUUGGUAGCUUACAGAAUGUUAACCAACUAUUUCUUUCUGGAAACCAAUUGUCUGGUGAGAUACCUCAUAGUAUCGGGGAGUGCACCGUGCUGCAGGAACUUUGGUUGGACAAUAACUCAUUCGAAGGAAGAAUACCUCAAUCUCUGAACAAGAUAAAGGGUCUGAGUACACUCAACUUGUCCAUGAAUAGAUUGUCUGGUUCUGUUCCUGACGCAAUUGGAAGUAUCCAAAACUUGCAACAAUUAAACCUGGCACACAACAAUUUAUCAGGGACGAUUCCUACAAAUCUGCAGAAGUUGACAUCACUGACAGAAUUGGAUCUGUCCUUCAAUAAUCUGGAAGGGGAAGUGCCAAAAGAGGGCAUUUUCAGAAAUUUGGCUAACUUAUCGAUCAUCGGAAAUAAUGGGCUUUGUGGUGGAAUACCUCAGCUUCACUUAGCUCCAUGCCAUAUGACCUCUGUGAAAAAUAAUAGAAAGCGGCGGUUGGUGUCUCUUCCAAUAGCUCUGACAGUAAUGGGUGCACUCUUGUUCUUAGUGUUUGUUGUUAUCCUCAUUCUGUUUAACUACAAGAAACUUAAACAAAAGCAGAAGAACCAAUUCCAACCACCAAUGCUUGAGGAACAGUUUGGUAGAAUUUCUUAUGAUGCAUUAGCAAAUGGAACCAAUGGCUUUUCAGAAGAUAAUUUGCUUGGAAAAGGAAGCUUUGGGGAGGUCUAUAAAUGCGAUUUUCAGGAUAACAGAACUAUUGUUGCUGUGAAGGUUUUUAACCUCAAACAAUCUGGAUCUGCUAGAAGUUUUAUUGCGGAAUGUGAGGCACUGAGAAGCGUGCGUCACCGUUGUCUCAUAAAUAUCAUCACAUGCUGCUCAAGCAUCGAUCACCAAGGUCAAGAGUUCAAGGCACUAAUUUAUGAGUUCAUGCCAAAUGGUAGCUUAAAUGAUUGGAUUCAUCCAAAAUCUGGCAUGCCCACAGUGAGUAACACUCUCAGCCUAGCACAAAGGCUCGAUAUUUCUGUUGAUAUCAUGGAUGCAUUGGACUAUCUUCAUAAUCACUGCCAACCACCAAUCGUUCACUGCGAUCUCAAGCCGACCAACAUCCUUCUUGCAGAAGACAUGAGUGCCCGAGUUGGUGACUUUGGUUUAUCAAGAAUCCUUCCAGAAAGUGCAAGUAAAACCCUGCAAAAUUCAAAUAGCAUGACUGGCAUAAGAGGCUCCAUUGGUUAUAUUCCUCCAGAGUAUGGUGAAGGCUCUGCAGUCUCAACUAUAGGUGAUGUGUAUAGUCUCGGUAUAUUAUUGCUUGAGAUGUUUACUGGAAGGAGUCCCACAGAUGACAUGUUUGGAGACACGGUGCAUCUGCAUAAGUAUGCCGAGCAUGCCCUUAGAGAAAGAAUCUUGAAUAUUGCUGAUUCAACCAUCUGGCUGCAUGUAGAGUCAAAAGAUAGCAAUAUAAGGAGCAGAAUCAAGGAUUGCUUGGUUUCUGUUUUCAGGCUUGCCAUAUCCUGCUCAAAGCAACAUCCAAGGGACCGGAUGAUGAUGAGAGAUGCAUCAGCAGAAAUGCAUGCAAUCAGAGAUUCAUAUACCACAUGUUUUCCUGCUAGCUUGAGAUCACAAAAACUGCAGUAAUUUACAAGAGCAAUGAUCUCAGCUAUAGGUAGAACAGGAUACACGGUAUAUGUAAUCUGUUACCUGAAAUAAAUGAAGCCAUAUAUGCUCAGAGCCGUCAUUCUUUCUGUAAGAGAGGUGAAAACUAAAAGGUAACAUUAUGCAAAUUUUACAUACUUAGACAUGCAAUGUUUGAAGCUACAGAACAGCAUAGGAGAAAGCAUAGCAAACCGACACUAUUUCUGGGAUAUUUAAGUUAGCUAUACAUGGACCAGCAUGCAAGAGAACUAUGUGCAUUUUUCAGUUCAAACCUACCUAGCCAUGCGAGCACUAUGUGGCCUUUUUAGUUCAAGCCUAGUCAUGCGAGUAGCAAGCAAAUAACAUUCUUGCCCAGAUAUUUGCCACACAGUUCAUUAUGCAAUAGCUUACAAUCAAGUUCAUUCACACAGUCAGACCAUUAUAUAACAGAAAUCACAAAAGACAAAACCAUAGAAUAAGUAACAUUAAUCACAAAAUCCAUGAGGAACUAGUGGCCCGUAAGCACGACCACACUUCUUAUCGCAAGGCACACAGAAACCAUCAUCCAUCCAUCCAAUUUCAUUCACACUUCAAUGCUGCUGCAAUCAGACAAAAUGCACCACAACAAUCAGCAGCGCCCAACAACCACUACAAGUACCAGUGGCGAGAGGGAGGCAACCUAAGGGGAUGUGAACCUGGUGACAACCUUGAUGCCCUCGGAGAUGGCGUGCUUCACGAGCUCAAGGACAAUGUUUACACUUUAGCUCCGGUAGUUCCUCGAGGGGAAGCAAUCCCUGUGUGCGGGAUCCACAUGACAUGGCUAAUGGGAACAAUAGGACACUUGUAAGUUGUAACAAAGUAUCUUCAGUUGAAUUUUCUUUAGUCAUGAACAUUAUUAUUCUUGUGAAGCUUCAUGUAACAUGAUUAGUCGUUGAACUUGAUAUCUUCUAUCAUGCAUGUAUAAGACCAGGCUGAGCUGGAGACACUUUGUUUUCAA